AUGGAGAAUAAACCCCACCAGUGCCUUACGCUGGACAUGUCCAGAUACUCGAAACUUGACACCGCCCAAGCCGGGCAUUUGCGCCACUUUCACAACCUUGCUUCUCAGAUCGAUGGAGAAUGGCGCCACAUGGGAACUCAGGAGCCUGGACAGGAGUGGCUUGACGCCUACAGGUAUCAAAUUUCGUCCAUGGCAUAUGGCGCCGGUGUCGCGCACUACCAUCGCCUACCUGCACUGAGGAACGUAUUCAAGCCUCUCAUACGACGCCUUAUUCACAAGAUGUUGCGACGCGAGGUAUGGGGCUACUGGUUCAACACAAGCCUUGCAGGAAACAGAACCAAUCCAGAUCGCAAGGUGCUGAGGACGCCGUGGGCAGACCCCAUCGUUCGGGAAAAUAUUAUGUAUAGCGGCCACCUGCUUCUAAUGACCAGCUUGUAUGCCAUGCUCUUCGAUGACAAUGAGUUCGAACAGCCCGACUCUCUUGUUUUUCAUUGGAACCCUCUGUUCUUCGGGCUCGGCGCUGAGACAUUCCGUUACGACAACCGAACAUUACAAGCCGCGAUCCUAGCCGAAAUGGAAAAGAAUGGGUGGAUUGGCGUUUGCUCGAUGCGAUAUAAUGACGUGCGGGACGGAACUAAUACCUCUGAAACUGUCCUUGAGAAAUACAAAAAGGCUUGGGCUGAGAAGAAGAUGGUCGCUCCGAACGGCUUAUACGUUGAUUGGUGGUUUGUAGAGCAAGACAAGACUAAGUCUUCCACUCAGAUCGGUUACACAGCGUGGGCAAAUGCAUUCAUGAAUACAUGGAAUUCGGAUGUGGUCAAGUCUCUGUACGACAAGCAAUCACUGGGUUUCAUCACAGUGAUAGACGGCCAAGUUAGACUCCAUGAUCCAGUUGUCGCUGGUAUUUACCGAGACCUCAUGGAUGAUGCUGACAAAAUUUCUCCUCAUAACGCUGCCAUCCUGGCCCAGGCUCAACGUAUGGCGAAAUCAGUGGCGCCAAUUAAGUUCCCUUAUUCUCAACCCACUUUCGGCUACGUUAUACAGUGGCUAUCGGAAAUGGGAAGGACAGUCGAAUUGCAGGGUCUUCUUGACUUUGCAGAUGCAAAACUGCGACCUACUUGGGAAAACGGAGGGCUGUAUUACCCAAGAAACGAUGCUCGAGUCGAUGAUUCCGGUGAAUGGGCACACAUGGACCGUUUCUCUGGGAAUGCUGGUAUCGGCUAUGCCAGACUCAACGUAUCUGACGGGCAAAAGAAAAUGUGGGACAGACCAUGGACUCGGGAUUUCCUGGCCGUUGAGCCAUGGAUCGACAACCUCGAUCUCUCUCAAGGGGUUGAUUACCUUCGGGGACUUUGGGACAGCGGUGAGAAGGCUCUGAUUGCCACGAUGAAGUCGUGGAAUGGCGACGAAGUGACUGUUGAGCCCAUCGCUCGAAACCUAGAACAAGGGACGUGGGUGGUAUACGUCAACGAUGAGCCUGUUAAAUGCGAUGCAGUUGGGCAGCCUGGUAGUUUGAGUGUGACAGUAACAGUCGGCGCUGAGGAGGUUGAUGUUGUCUUUCGACGAACUUAA